GAACGAUCAGAUCAACCGUCCAAAAGUAUCGCGCGGAAAUCAUACCAGGCAGGAUCUUAUAUGCACCUACUCUCCAUAUGGAACCCAUCAACAUCCAAAAAACUCCCAAAUGUCCACCAAGAACAUCAUACUUCCUCCAUUGACUCUACCUGAAUUCCUGUGUCAUGUUGCCGAUACCCAGCCUGACUCCGGCGUCACGAUCCUGAUCAUAUGUUCCACUCGGGAAGCUUUCCUAGGCACACUUUCCCAAGCAUUGACGGAGCAGCAACCCGAAGAAGCAAAAGAAAUAGAAGCACUUCGACGGCUGACGGUACCUACACUGCAAAAUCUUCUCACCGCCAAACAUAUCAAAGUCGUUUUCUGUGCCACUGUGCAACAUCUGCUAGCAUACUUGACAGGACUGCAACUUGAAGAAGGCAGAGGAGUUUUCCGGCCUGAGAGCACGGGGGCAAAUGCGAGAAUCAUAGUUGUGAAUCCAUUGACUUUGCACAUUCACACGCCGUUGUAUUCCGCGCAGGGAUUGUCUAGGACUUUUGCUGCUGCCGCUGAAGCAGCUUCCAGAGAAGGCGUUGCGAAGCUGUUGGUGGUGGAGUGUAUUCGAAUGCAUGGAGAUGAUGAGAUGGACCAGAUGGAAGGGUUAGAAUCGCUUGCUACGGUGGAAGAAGGCACGGAGCAAAGUUCUUUUACGCGUGACAAUCAUGAUCCAUGGGAAGAGGAAGUACCGAUCCUCAACGUGUCAGCAAGACGGUUCGGCUCGGGUGGAAGUGAGCGUCUCUGGGCGGGUCGGACGGUAAAAGUCAAGCGGGUCGCAGCAAGGUGGUUUCGAUUUCAGCAGAAACUCGCAUGAGAAAGAAAUGGAAACGAAGCGUAGAAGAUGGUGCACGUUCAGGUGAUGGGUGGAAGAAAAGAAUUCAGAUUCCAAUCAAGUAUUGUGAGGUGAAAACCUACACAUCAUGUCAUUCUGCCAUUUGGCAGCUGUCCAGUUCGUCAUUUUCAGGCCGUUUCCUUGCGUUCUAUUCGUGCUGUCUCCAAGCUUUUUGAAUCAAUCAUAUGCUUCCC